AUGUUCUAUAAUGAGAGCUUUAGUUGUUUUGAAAAGUUGAGAUUGACUAAAUCAGAACGUUUAUUUGCUGGAAUUCUGUAUACAACUUUGACAACAAUUUCAUUGUUGUUAAACUGUUUGGUAAUCUGUGUUAUUUUGGAAGAACGAAAAACAACACUUAAGCUUGUCGUUUAUAAAAUGGUCAUUUCGCUAUGUGCAUCAUCGAUAGUUUACGUUUGCUGCAAUUACAUUGUAAUGCUGCCAUGUACGUUUCGUGAAUGCAUCAACUAUUCGGAUACAUUAAUGGUGACUGUAUCGGCAUUUAAUACUGUUGGCUACUAUACAUCAUCUUGGACUUCUCUGUAUAUUGCUUUUGAGCGUAUAACACUGUUUAUUAUACAAUUUUUGGUUAUAUGCAUUUCUCAGUGGUUUAGCAGUUUUUUUUUCUAUAUGGUGCCAUAUGGUUCAUUGGCUCUUAAUAUUACGAGUAUUGGAAACACAGCAGCAAAUCCAAUUAUUUUGUUAAUCUUUAACAAUACAAUGCAUAAAGGUCUUCGGUCACUGUUAAGACUAAGAAAAAAUCCCAAAAUUGUUUCUGUCUUUCCACACAGUCUCUUCUGUUUAUUACUCUAA